CUACCAGUCACAACCCCUUCACGUUGCGAAGCCGCAUUGGCCUCGUCCGUCCGUCAAGGAAGGACACCGUAAUGCCCGUCAGAUUUCGGAAUUACACAGGGCUGGGCCUAUCCUCGCCCUGCGAUCGAUAUCGACUAUGCUGUGGCGCAAUGAACGUGGAAGGAGAAGUUCGAUCGAGGCGUCGCACACAUUGUGUUGGGCUUCUCAGGUCUACUAUGCACGUUUCCAAAUCUACCCGGAUAAGAAAGCUUCAUGACGCAGCCACGUAUAUAAGGACCUCACUACUGUGCCAGUUCUCUCUUGACUGAUUUUCUGCCUUGCCACUUCCUCCGACUUCCCGACCGAUAUUGCGACCGCCAUGCCGACUGCCUUCCGUAGCUGGUUCGGUAGCCCAAAGAAUCAGCUUAACCCGGCUGAGAAACCAAGAUCUCGCGGCCGUUCAUAUUCGGCUGGACCGACGGACAAACACACUGAUUUGCACGCAACGAUUCAACGAAGUCACAGUAGGCUAGACCCUCGAGCAGCCGAUCCCUCUCCGCUGGACUACCGUGUUCGCGCCGAUUCACGCAUAGCGUAUGGGUAUGAGAAGCACAAUCCAUCGAUACCGUACGUGGACGCUCCCCGCGCGCAUGUCCUUCGUCGAGCAGCAGCAGACCCAGCGAUCCAGAUGACGCGCACCCCUUCGGCUACGUACAUUACACCGCCAGGUUCGCGAUCCAACUCUGGUGCUUCGCUCUAUACCAUGGGUGCUAUGUCGUCCGUUUCGGAUGCGAGGCAUUACGGACGGUCUCGGCCGCCUUUGAGGCCCAAUACAAGCUUCCAAACCGGUAGCAGCGUCGACAGCGGUUCAUACUCCUAUAAACCAGCCCACGGCUACCCUCGACCUCAGACACGAAUAUUCCACAUGCACCCGUUGCUCGCCCACACGCGCUCGCAUAGCGCGCCGAUAGCCUACGACAUCAUGCACGCCCCGUCCGCUCGAACGGUCCUCGACAAAACGACCCGAUCUGCCAUUCCCCCGCUCACCCUCGCCCAACCCGCGACAGAGCCUCCCGUCCCUCCGGGCAUGCAGCUCGUUCUUCGCUCCACCAAGUUCCCCUGGCCAAUCACCGUCGUCGCCCCCGCCCCCGCCGCAGCCGCCUCCCCCAUCCCCCGCUUCACCAUCGGGCCACCAAAGCCCUCCCACGCACACGCACACGCAGGCAGCACCGUCACGAACCUCGACGUCCUCUACGCGGCGCACACCUCGCUGCUGACGCCCGUAACGCCGGAAGAAUGGGAGGCCCUGGGCACCGGGAGCAGGGCGCAGCGGAAGGUCGCGCGGGCGUACGAGCGGCGGUGUAUGCGCGCGGGUGGAGGGUGGGAGGGCGGCGUUCGGAGGAUUGAUUGGCUUGGGAGGAAGACGAUGCUGGUUGGCGUUGAGGUGGAUAAGGCUGCUGGUGGUGGGAGUGGAGCUGCCUCGCUCGUGUUUGCUAAACCUCCGUGAUGCGGUCGGAUGCCAGUGGAUGUCCGCUUUGCGUCCGGAAAUUUUUGACGGAUCAUUUGUCUUGUCUGACUGGUUGCUGUCUGGUCAUUGACCUCAUGUUUAUCCCAACGAACAGUUAUCUUGACGAAUACGUACGAUAAUGACUACGUUUUUAUGAGGACGUUCG